CUCGCUUAGUUUUCUACACAAGUGGACAAAAAAGUAUCACCGUAAAUUUAACAACAUUAAUGUUUUCCUACAAUAUUUUCCAUGCAGUGUAUAUUUUAUUAUUCCAGGAACAGAUGAAGUUUAUGUCAGUAGGUGGUUCGCGUACGAAGCUCUCAAGUUUCUAGAUGACAGGGAUGUGCCAAGGAAACGACUUACGACGGAAACAGAACAUAUUAUGGAAAAUGUAGAUGAAAUCGAAGCAGAAGUCAGUCUUUCGGCACAAAGCCAAGAGACGUCAGCACCAUCGUCUAUUGACAUACCCCCUAAGCGAAGCAAGAGAGCUGAUGAACCUUCUUCAUCAAUGAUGAGCAAUGCAUUUAAUAUUUUGCAAAAUGCUGCAGAUAAGCUCGACACAUUAAAGGAAAAACCGAACGAGAUUAACACAUUUUUCACGUAUGCGGCUACAAAAGUGAUUAAUUAUUCCAAAGAGACUCAGACCGCGGUGCAGCAGGCAGUAUUCGAAAUACUGAUGAAAGCUGAUAGAGGAGUUUAUGAUUCGGCAAGUUCACAUCAUCAGCAUUCAUGGCAAAAUCCCCCCGUAAAUAUGACUCCGAGUCUACCUUCUCCCUCCUCACAAUCUUCCUAUACUUCCAUGUCAAAUAUCUCCAAUCCACCUGAGUCCUUUGAGUAGGUUAUUUAAGACGCUAUUCAGGUUUUGUGUAAUAAAGUAUCUAUUUAACGCAUCUUUAAUAAUUUUUGUUUAAUCUAAUAAUGUUUCAGUAGACUCAAAAUUUCACGCCAAUGUGUUUUGAAGGCAUUAAUUUUUUUCGAAUUCUGCGAAAUAGUACGUUCUUUAACGGUAAAAUAUUGCAAAACCUCUAAAUUUUAAAGAACCGCUUGGAUUGACAUGAAAUUUAGCAUGCACAUAGCUAACAAGUCAAAGACAAAAAGUGAUAUUGUGUCGAUGUGUGCUUUUACCCUGGGGGAGUUUCACCCCCUAUGGGAGGUGAAAAAUAUAUGUCCAAAAUAAGUCCGGAAAUCGAUAAACUGAUUAAAUCUAUGUAACUUUUGUUCUAUAGAGUUUUUUCACUAAGCCAAUACUUCUCGAGUUAUUUGCGAGUGAACAUGUUCAUUUUUCAACAAAAUAAUCACUUUUUUAGACGGUUUUUUGGAAAUUACUUAAAAAGUAUUUUGUCAAAAAAAAAACAUUCUUAGCAAAAAUAUGACCAGUAAAAAAGUGAAAAAAAUUAUGUAUAUACAUAUUAGCUCUCUGUGCCGAGUUGGACCAGAGUUACAGCUAAUGAAAAAUAGGUUCAUAUUCAUAAAAUUCCAAAUCGAAUAUUUUAACGUUACAUAACCAAAAAAUGAAGCACUGUUUGGGGAAAACUCAUUACAACUUUUUUAAAGUGUUUAAAAAAAAGUCUUAUUUUUGUUUUAUAAAAAACAUUUCUAGCAUCAAAACCAAAAGUAAACAAGUUACACUCAAAAUAAAGUCAGUCCCUUAAAAAAAAUCGUGAAAAUCACCCCCUAAUUAGCACCUCAAAUAAACUUAAUCGUUAGCACUUCACAAGUUUCUUUAUUCAUGUAUCUAUUGUUUAUAUGGUCUUUAAAUGUCAUCGGUUUAAAGUCCUUAUUUUUCAAAGGGCUUGAACGAUUCUCUAAUCAUGAGUGUAUGCAAAUUGAGAAACACCAAAUCUCAACCAAUUUUUGUCUUACGGAAAAACAAAAAAAUAGAAAAUAUUCAGAAAAGCAAAGCCGACUUUUUUUAUUGUAUGACAUUUUUGGUAUCUCUAACAAAUUUUAAGUAAUUUUUAAAAAAAGUAUUUUCUCAAAAUUAAAAAUUUUACUUUAAAACCAAUUUUUUUUUAAUAAGUACUUUGAAUCGAUGAAACUUAUAGAUCAUUAUAAACACAACAUAAUUAAAGCUAAUUGUGAAGCGGCACUGAAUAAUUUCGUUUAAGUGGCUAAUUACGGGUUGAUCUCCCGAUUUUUUAUGCAAAAACAAAAGGGACCAACUUUAUUUUGAGCGUAACUUGCUUACAUUUGAUGCUAGCAACUUCUUUUGUAAAAACAGAAAUAAAGCUUUUUUAAAACACUUAAAAAAUUUCUAAUGUGUAUUUCCCAAAAAGGUGAUUAGUUAUUUGGAUAUUUUACAUUGAAAUAUUCCAUUUGGAAUUUAGCGAACAUGAACCUAUUUUUCAUUAUCUAAUAGCACCAAGCUAAUUCUCAAGCGUACACCAUUUUACUUUUUUAAAGGCUAUAUUUUUGCUAAGAAUGUUUUUUUCCAUAAAUUACUUACUUUUUGAAUUAAUUGCGAAAAACUGUCUUAACCUCCGGAUGACCAAGCGGGGGAAAUUUGGACCCAAGCGUAUGUUUUUCUUUAGUAAAUUCAAAAAUAUUUUCAAUUUUUAACUCAUUAUUUUUUUAUUUGACUUUAAUAUAAUUCUAGAUAUCUUCAUAUUUUGAAAUAAAAAAAUUCCCUAUAUUUUACGAAUAAAAAAUAUAUUCUGAAGUUAAUAUUUAGUAAAAUAUCGUCUAUUAUGUGUAAUUACAAGUAGUUUUACGCUAAUGACGUCGACUUUGCAAAGUAACAAGACACUUACUCAACAUGCACACUACACAUGACACUAAUACUCAUGUUGUGACUGGCUGAAUGACAAAGUCCAUGCCAUAAAAACACUUAAUUUUUUUAAUUGUCAUUUUUGACAUGGGGUCAUCUUUUACCCCCCUUGGUCAUCCGUGUAACAAAAAAAGGUUGGUCAUCGGAAGGUUAAAACGUGGUUAUUUUGUUGAAAAAUUGACAGAUUCACUCGCCAAUAACUCAAAAAGUACAUAUUGACUUGGCGAAAAACUCUAUAGAACAAAAGUUGCUCAAAAUUUGUCAAUUUAUCCAUUUCAGGACUUAUUUUGGACAUAUAUUUUUUCACCCCCAAGAGGGGGUGAAACUCACCCCCUCAGAAAGGAUGAAACUCACCCCCUCAGAGGGGGCGAAACUCACCCCACCUCAUAGGGGUGAAAGUCACCCCCUCAUAGGGGGGGUGAAACUCACCCCC